GUCGGCUGAGAGGUAAGAGGAAGAGACCAGACUCCAAAAAAGACGCAAUAGAGAAGAAGAAGAGCGUCAGGUUUCUUCUCUCUUCUCCGGCGAGUCUUAUGUCUUCUCUUCCUCUUCGCUCCGACGGAAACAUGGAAUCCCCUUCCAUCUCCGCCGCCGUUCCACUCCAGGCACCAGAAGACCCCACUCCGGUUGUUUCUCAACCGCAAUCGUCGCAAUCGCCGACACGUGAAGUUGAUUCGUUACCAGUUACUGGAUCUUCCGAUGAUGUUGCUGCAUCGGAGAUACCUUCUUUAUCUCCGUCGGAUGAUGAUUUCGACGCCGAGGAUCGCGAUCAGGAUCACGGCGACAACCCGGUUGAGACCGACGUUGCUGUUGUUGUUCCAAUUGAUGAGUUGAAGCAGAAGAUCAUUAGACAGGUUGAGUACUACUUUAGUGACGAGAAUUUGCCUACUGACAAGUUUCUUCUGAAUGCUAUGAAGAGAAACAAAAAAGGCUUUGUUCCUAUUUCUACCAUUGCUACGUUUCAUAAAAUGAAGAAACUUACUCGAGACCAUGGUGUGAUAGCAUCAGCCUUAAAGGAGUCAUCAUUUCUUGUUGUUAGCUCUGAUGGGAAGAAGGUGAAGCGGCUGAGUCCUCUUCCUGAGAUCAGGGAUCCCAAGAUUUUCACUGUUUUGGUAGAAAAUUUGCCUGAGGAUCAUUCAGAUGAGAAUAUUCGGGAAAUAUUCGGUAAAGCUGGAAGCAUAAAAAGUAUAUCCAUAUGUGAUCCGAAUGCUGCUGAAGAAUCAGAGAAGGGUUGUAAGAAGGAAAAAUUUAUCAGAACCAGGUUACAUGCCUUUGUGGAAUAUGAAACGGUAGAGGCAGCUGAAAAUGCGGCAGCUACAUUGAAUAAUGAGCAAGACUGGAGAAAUGGCUUGCGAGUUAAGCUUCUUGAACAAGCAGGAAAGUUUGCACAGAGAAAACCAGCUAGGAGGGAAGUCGAUAAAGAAAAAGAUACUACUGGCCGAGUCCAUGAUCAAAUUGGAGAAGAGAAGAACAAAAAGACACGUGAACAUCAGUAUCAUCGUCACCAUCAUUCUGAUAAUCCUGCUGAUGAUGAAUGCGGCAAUCAUCACAAGGAUAAAAAUGGAAACAAAGGAAGAGGUGGAGGACAAGGAAGGCGACAGAAUCAUCAAGGCGGCAACGGUUUUGGAUAUGGAACAACCCCACCAGCGUCAUCUUCCCAUUAUAAUCAUCAUCCCAUUGAGGUCUCAAAGCGUCCACCUGGCCCGAGAAUGCCUGAUGGGACAAGGGGGUUCACGAUGGGUCGUGGGAAAGCGAUUCCUCCUCCCACAUCUGCUCAAACCAGUCAUGAAGUUUGAUCGGUUUCUCAUCUGUGCUUAUAUGAUUGUGUGGGUUUUGUUACACAUUAAAAAAAUGUGAAACAUGUAUGUAGUUAUUAGAAUUAAGAUGUUGUUUUGUUGGAUUUGGUUUUACGUUUGGCAUAUUUAAGUCCUCCAAAUCUUCACUUUGGUAGUUAGUUGUGUUGUAAGUUUUGGUGAAUGAAAAAAAAUGAUCCAUUUGAUAAA